CGCCUACGGCGAAUCGCCCCAUCGUUAGGGUUCUGUCCCACCCUUCAAAAAGGAUCGCUUGCUCGAAAUUCACGCAUAUGUGAGCGGAAAGAGAAAUGGGUUCGCGCGACAAGGAUCAAAUGACGCCGCACCAACCAUUGCUGAGCAGCCUCGUCGUGCGUCCGACGGACGCCGGAGGAGGGGGAGGAGGCGGUGAAUACGAACCUGGGGAGGUUCGUCGUGAUCCGCCUCCGUACUCUCGCUCCGACCGGUAUGAUGGCCAGGGGUAUAGAAUACGUGCAGGUUCUGUUUCUCCUGUACGUCGUAGGGAUGCACAUCAUCACUUUAGUCCAGAUUUUGAACCAUCUGAUGGUGCAUUGAGGAACCGUGGAUUGGGAAAUGGGAGAGAACCUGGCAGAUAUCGUGAUUAUUCACCGACUUAUGGCCGUGGGAAGGAUGGUGGCAGGUUUGCUGGUAGAGGUUUUGAUCGGUCUGCACCUAGUCCUGGAUCAUUGAGAGGAGAGGGGCUGCGUCGAAAUAACCCGAAUGUGCAGCCUAGAGAAGGAGAUUGGAUUUGCUCUGAUCCAUUAUGCAAAAACUUGAAUUUCGCAAGGCGAGAGUACUGUAACAACUGCACGAGGCCACGGUAUGGUUCCCCUGGGAGCCCCAGGAGGGGGGGGUACCCUGGCCCUGCAUUUCCUCCUGUGCGCCAGCGCCUUCCUCCUAUUCCACUGGAUCAUUCUCCCAGAGACAUUAGCGAUGGCUACAGGUCACCUCCUCCUAUUCCUCCACCUCGUGGCUGGCUCCGGGAUGGUCCCAGAGACUUUAGGUCUCCUCCUGUACCAGUGGGAAGACACGAAGGGAAAUUCCUCGACCCUUUUAUUCGCAGUGAUCGGCGACUUUAUCCUGAAGACGACCCGAGGGAUAGAUACAGGUAUGAUAGAGCCAUGGUUUCCGACUGGGACCAUAGAGAUCAUCGUGCAAGGGACAGCUUGUUUAGUGAGAGGCAAGGGUUCGGGAGCGGGAGGGGGAGGGGGCGGAGGGCAUUGUCCCCCUCAUUGGCUGUCCCCCCUCGCGGCUGGUCUGCUCGUGUUAGAGAUAGGAGUAGGAGCCGGAGUCGGAGUCGGUCUCCCAUCAGACGCAGAGGUGGAGGUGGUGGGGGUGGUGGUGGGUACCUGAAUAGGAGGCGGCGAGAAGACCGGCGCAGUGGCGGACAUGAUGAGUGAUGCCGGAAUUGUUCCGGUGGGUUAGUAUAUGCAUCAUGUCUGUAGCUGCUGUAAGAAAUGGUUUCCUUCACUCCCUAUUGCUAUUGCUACUUAUACUAUUCUGUAUUUUUUGCCUAAGUCUUUUCUUUCAACUGUAUUUUUACUUUUACAUUUUCAUUUUUUUUUUAAUGUGGAAAUUGGAGUAUUCUUUACAAUGGGUAGAUUCGCCUCGGUGGAUUUGUAUUGAAUAUGUUUAUUGUCGUGUCGGAUUUGAAUUGAAAGCCUCAAUUGUAAUCCGAUUCGUUUAUUAUCA